AUGGAAACACGCUUCAAGGUGCUGCAGGGCAUUGGGUCUGAGCUGCCUCUUCUUGUGUGCAAUAGACGAGCCUUUCCCGAGGUGAUUGGCGAUGGUGGUCGCGAUAGUGGUGGAAGUGGAGGAGGUGGUGGUGGUAGUGGUGAUGGUGGUGGUGGCAAUGGUGGCCGUGGAGGAGGUGGUGUGGAGGGGUACUUUGAUAUUGGCCUCGCUUUUCCUAAUCUUCAAAAGCUUUAUAUUGGAGAAAACCAAUUCAGUGGAGCCAUUCCAGUUUCAUUAUGUAAUAUAUCGAAACUCGAAGAGCUCGACAUCCCCAUAAACAAUUUUACGGGACGUGUGCCUACAGAUUUCGGGCGGCUGCAACAUCUGAAUUGGUUUCACAUUGCAUAUAACCAACUUGGAUCUUGUGGUGCUGAAGAAGAUUUAGGGUUUAUAGAAUCCUUGACUAACUGCAGCAACCUAGGGCUUUUGGGAUUUGCAGCAAACAAUUUUGGAGUUACUGGAAACAGCAACCUUUGUGGGGGUAUCCCAGAACUUAAGUUGCCUUCAUGUCACAUUACUCAGACUACACAACAAAGUAAUAGACCUUUUGUCAUCUCAUUAUCUGUUACAGUAGUUGGGGUAGUUCUAUCUUUGAGUAUGAUAGUAUUUCUCAUUCUAAACUGGAGAAGAAACCCUAUAAAGGUAGCGAGUUCCAGCAACUCGCUAACGCAGUGGUCAUGGUACUACAAAGUUUCUUAUGAAGGGCUACACAAAGCUACUGGUGGAUUCUCUUCACUCAAUUUGAGAGGGAAUGGUGGUUAUGGGACAGUUUAUAAAGGAAUCCUUGAUGAAGAUAUGAUAACUGUUGCAAUGAAGGUGCUUCAUAACCAACAUCAAGAAGCUUCCAAUAAGAGCUUUGUGUCUGAAUGCAAAGCUUUGAGAAACAUCAGACACAAAAAUCUUGUUAAGGUUCUAAGUGUUUGCUCAAGCAUUGAUUUUGAUGAUAAUGAAUUUAAAGCUCUUGUUUUUGAGUUCAUGCCAAAUGGUAGCCUAGAAGAGUGGGUGUAUCCAAAAGAAGAUGGAAAUAAAAAUCAAUUAUCAAGGAAUUUGAGCCUUACACAAAGAUUGAACAUUGCACUUGAUGUGGCUAAUGCAUUGUUUUACUUCCAUCACCAAUGCCAAACAGUUGUAGUUCAUUGUGAUUUGAAGCCGAGCAAUGUUCUUCUUGACAAUGACAUGACUGCUCAUGUGAGUGAUUCUGGUCUCGCGAGAUUGCUUUUGAAUUCUGAAACUCAAUCCACCUCAUUUGGGGUAAAGGGAUCUAUUGGAUACGUUGCUCUAGAGUAUGGUAUGGGUGCUAAAGUUUCCACAAGUGGGGAUGUGUAUAGUUAUGGGAUUCUCUUGUUGGAAAUGUUCACAAAAAGAAAACCCACUGAUGAGACAUUUGAAGAUGGUAUGAACCAUCACACCUUUUGUGAAAUGGCUUUGAAAGAUAAUGUCAUGGUUAUUAUUGACCCAUUACUCCUGCCCAAGGAAGAAGAAAUAGAGAAAAUAGAAGGAGAGGCAGAAUCUACUGAGAGGAGUAAAAUAUAUGACUGCUUGAUUUCAGUGAUCCAGAUUGGAGUUGUAUGCUCUGCAGAAUUGCCGAAUGAAAGAAUGAAUAUGAGAGAGGUCACAAGGGAAAUUGAGUUGAUCGACAUUUAUCUUGGUGUUGACAAUCAAGCAGAUAUACCAAGUCUAGCUCAAUUAGUAGGUGAUGAACCCUCCUCAUCCUGUUAA